GGCGCCAGCGGGCUUGCGGCCGGGGAUGUGAGUGGUGCUGGAUCCCGGGGCUGCGACUAGCAGGGACUGCGGGCGGCGACUGCAGGAGAGGCCAGCGGGCGCCUAGGGCGGCCGGGUGUCGGCCGCGGGAUGAGGAAGCGGACCGAGCCCAGCAGCUUGGAGCAUGAGCGCUGCGCCGCUGCGGGCUCGCCCUCCUCCUCCGGCUCGACCGCCGCGGCGCUGGACGCCGACUGCCGCCUGAAGCGGAACCUGCGCCUGGCUGGGCCGGCGGAGCCGCGCCGAGCACCCGACGCGGACAUGAAGCGGGCGCUGGGCAGGCGGAAGGGGCUGUGGUUCCGAGUAAGAAAAGUGCUUCUCUGUGUUUUGGGGCUGUAUCUUGCCAUUCCCUUCCUCGUCAGACUGUGUCCUGGGAUACAGGCCAAACUGAUUUUCCUGAAUUUUGUGAGGGUUCCCUACUUCAUUGACUUGAAAAAGCCUCAGGAACAAGGUUUGAAUCAUACCUGCAAUUACUACCUCCAGCCAGAGGAAGACGUGACCAUUGGAGUCUGGCAUACCAUCCCCGCCGCCUGGUGGAGGAACGCCCAAGGGAAGGACCAGAUGUGGUACGAGGAUGCCUUGGCUUCCAGCCACCCCAUCAUUCUGUACUUGCAUGGGAAUGCAGGUACCAGAGGUGGUGACCAUCGAGUGGAGCUGUACAAGGUGCUGAGUUCCCUUGGUUACCACGUGGUCACUUUUGACUAUAGAGGUUGGGGUGACUCAGUAGGAACGCCAUCGGAGCGGGGCAUGACCUAUGAUGCACUCCAUGUUUUUGACUGGAUCAAAGCAAGAAGUGGCGAUAACCCUGUGUACAUAUGGGGCCAUUCCCUGGGCACUGGAGUGGCAACGAAUCUGGUGCGGAGGCUCUGUGAGCGAGAGACACCUCCAGAUGCCCUUAUAUUGGAAUCUCCAUUCACUAAUAUUCGAGAAGAAGCAAAGAGCCAUCCAUUUUCAGUGGUGUAUCGCUACUUCCCUGGGUUUGACUGGUUCUUCCUGGACCCCAUCACCAGCAGUGGAAUUAAAUUUGCCAAUGAUGAGAAUGUGAAGCACAUCUCCUGCCCCCUGCUUAUCCUGCACGCAGAGGAUGACCCGGUCGUACCCUUCCAGCUUGGCAGAAAGCUCUAUAACAUUGCUGCACCAUCGCGAAGUUUCCGUGACUUCAAAGUGCAGUUUGUCCCUUUCCAUUCGGACCUUGGCUACAGGCACAAAUACAUCUAUAAGAGCCCGGAGCUGCCACGAAUACUAAGGGACUUCCUGGGGAAAUCAGAACCCGAACGCCAGCACUGAGCCGCCGCCCCCGAGGAGCAUGAAGCCUGACUGACUGACUGCCACCUCCUGGCCCAGCAGCAGCGCUGGGGACAGCGCCACACACACCCAAGGGGGACCCGCGCGGGUGCCGCGGGUACGGGUUGCAGGCGGGCCGUGGAGGUGGAAAUGUGGUCUCUGCUGCACACACUGCUGCUGGUCAGCCCUCCCCACAUGGCCCAGGGCUGCACUCCCCAUCCCUCCACCCAUGCAGCCUGGUGUAGACUGACCAGUUAUUUAAGAAUAAAAUCCUGGUGGUCAUAGUC